AUGUCUCCUUACUUAUUUACGCUUGUCAUGGAAGUCUUAACCCUUCUAGUGCGCCAAUCAUCUUCACAGGUGUCGUUUAAAUUUCAUGCCCGAUGCUCUAAACAGAAGAUCAUUAGUCUUUCAUUUGCUGAUGACCUUUUUCUUUUUGCUCAUGGUGAUUGUUGGUCGGUUAAGUUUCUUAGGGAGGCCCUUGAUAAAUUCUCUCUAGCUUCGGGUUUGCAUCCUAAUCUGGCUAAGAGCACUGUCUUCUUCUGUAAUAUUCUCCGUGCAAUUAAAGAUCAGAUUUUGCAUAUUAUGCCCUUUCAAGAGGGUUCGCUUCCGGUUCGUUAUCUUGGUGUUCCGCUGAUUUCUUCUAGACUGGCCGCCAAGGAUUGCAAAAUACUUUUGGAUCAUAUGGAUAGACGAAUUGACAAUUGGAUGACAAAAUCUCUCUCAUUUGCCGGGAGACUCCAACUUAUCAAUUCUGUCCUUGUGGCUUUAUACUCCUAUUGA